AUGGCUUCGUCUCUACUCCAUCCACCUGCGCAUCUCUCCCCUGCCGUCGCGCUCCAGCUGUCACAACAAGCUCCCUACUUAUUGCGAACUACCCCAUCCGCCAUAUCUCCAUAUUCCAUGAGUUCGCUUUGGUCUGCUGCCGAAUCUCCAGAGUUAUGGACGACAUACGAGAACCUUAUGUUAUCCUGUCUGCGCACCGGCGACGAGCAAUCUGCGCAUCUAUGCUUGGAAAGGCUCACAGAGCGAUUCGGAGCCGAUAACGAAAGACUAAUGGCGCUGCGGGGCUUAUUUCAAGAAGCCAUAGCGAAUGACAACGAUGCUCUUAAGAAAGUACUGAAGGAAUAUGAGAACAUUUUGGUCGAGGAUCCAGCCAAUAUGCCUGUAUCGAAGCGUCGUAUUGCGCUCCUCAUAUCCAUGGACAGAACAACGGAAGCUAUUACUGCUCUUAAUAAUUUCCUUGACGCGUCUCCUACAGAUGCUGAAGCGUGGUCGGAAUUAUCGGAUCUGUACGUGUCUAGCGGCAUGUUUCCUCAGGCAAUCUUUGCCUUAGAAGAAGUCCUGUUGGUCACUCCAAACGCAUGGAAUAUUCAUGCUCGGCUCGGGGAAGUCUUGUAUAUGGCUUCUUCCAGCGAAACUGGAUCUGUUCAGCACCUCGCGGAAUCAAUGCGAAGAUUUUGCAGAAGUAUCGAACUGUGUGAUGAUUACCUUCGGGGCUACUAUGGGUUGAAAAUGACCACGACAAAACUCCUGACAACACUCUCUCAGUCACAAGUGUCGCGGCAGUCAAAAUCAGACACUGGGCUCCCAUUACCAGGCGUCAAGAGCGUAGAGCGGCUCAGUGAGUUAGCCACAGCAAAACUGUCAGAAAUUGUACGGAGGAACACUGGUGGUGACGCUGGAUGGCAAGGAUACGAGAAGCCUGAAAUAAUUGCCGCUCAAGAAUUGUUGAAUCGCGACGCAGCACCAAUCACGAGGUGA